AUGAAAGCGCCUCAUCUCUCUCUGGUCCUCUCGGCCCUCACUGCAGGCGCGUUCGCCGCAUCGGCCGCUGACUGGCAAAAACGCUCUAUAUACCAGGUCGUCGUAGAUCGCUUUGCUACCAGUGACGGCUCAAGUCCUCCGUGUUUCACUGGUGACCGUCGGUACUGCGGGGGCACCUGGGAUGGACUGAUUAACAAACUGGACUACAUCGAAAACAUGGGUUUUGACGCGGUAUGGAUAUCCCCAAUCGUUGCCAACGUGGCCGGGAACACAUCGUACGGGGAAGCAUAUCAUGGAUACUGGCCGAGCGACAUCAACAACCUCAACCCGCAUUUCGGUACCCCCGACGACCUCAAAAACCUCGUGACCGCUCUCCAUGGACGUGGGAUGUAUCUCAUGGUUGACGUCGUAGUCAAUCAUAUGGUCGCCCUCCCAGAUAAUACCAGCGCUUCCACGGCGGGAGUACCAGCCCUCGAUUAUAGCACCAUCACACCUUUUGGCACCUCAACGGAUUAUCAUGCGCCGUGUUUCAUACAAGAUUACAAUAACCAGACAGACGUGGAGCAGUGCUGGCUAGGCGACGUCAACCUUCCGCUCGCUGACCUCAACACCGAAAAUCAGACGACGGUCGACAUCAUGUAUCAAUGGAUCGGCGAUCUAGUCAAGACAUACGACAUCGACGGCCUCAGGAUCGAUACAGCCAAACACAUCAGGAAGGACUUUUGGCCCGGAUUUGCGUCAGCCGCAGGAGUGUUCACCAUAGCAGAGAUUCUCGAGGGCAGCACAGAUUAUACAGCACCUUAUACCCAGGUCCUCGACAGCAUCCUUGACUAUCCGACCUAUUUUGCCCUUACGGACGGCUUCAAAUCCGCGAGCGGAAACCUCUCAAAUAUAGCCAACAUCAUCACCCAAGCCCAGAAGAGCUACAAAGGCGGCGCAUUUAGCACAGGGGCCUUCCUCGACAACCAUGACCAACCCAGAUUCGCGUCGACCACUUCAGAUCAAUCGCUGGUUCGGAACGCCAUGGUCUUGCCCUAUAUCCAUGACGGCAUUCCAAUUGUCUAUUAUGGCCAGGAGCAAGGCUUCCAAGGCGCUUCAGAUCCUGAUAACCGUGAAGCCCUUUGGUUGUCGGACUACGUAGAUGAUCCAGCGCAGCGACCUCUUCUGGAUCAGCUUGGGCGCCUCAAUGCAGCCCGCAAGGCCGCCAUCUCCGCCCCGGGAUACUCCUUCCUAGAAUCUCCGAUGAAGUUCGUUAGUCCUCCUGGGGAAGCGCCCACCAUCGCCAUCUCCAAGCCACCCCUGCUCGCUCUCCUCACCAACCUCGGCAACCAGUCCACCGUAGUUUAUGGUCUGCCGGACGCGGGAUUGGGCAACAACACCGCUGUUAUCGACAUCUUGAAUUGUGCCCAGUGGCGCACCGGUGAAACGGGCGAGAUUCAUGUGAAGAGGGAGCAUGGCAUGCCUCAGGUUUUGAUGCCAGCGUCGGUCCUAAGCGCUAUGAAUUCGACGCUUUGCCGGGAUGUCGUGACCAAACUGGCAGCGGGACAGGGUACAGAUAGUGGCGCCCCAAGGGAGAAUCGCCAAUCUUUGGUAGCUAUCAUGUUCGCAUUCGUGGUGACAGGUCUAUCCAUGAUGUUGGUAUGA